CUUCGAAGAGGUUUACUUAGUGACCUGUAAGCUACCAAAAUGGAGCUGCGUCUAUUCAUACUCUCGCUGGCCUGCCUAUCGUGCUUAGUCCCUCCAGCCUAUGGCGGGAUCAUAGCAGCCAAGCUGGCAGCAGCCGGCGCCAUCAAGGGAGCCGCGGUCCUGGGCGCAGCCGCCCUGGCCAAGGCUGCAGUCAAGGGCAUCGCCACAGCCGCCAUCGCCAAGGGCGCUGCCGUCAUCGCAGCGAAAGGCGCUGCAGCCAAACUAGCAGGCCAAGUGCUAGCCGCUAAAGGAGCAGCGAUUUUAGCUGCUAAAGGUGCAGCGAUACAUCAUGCUGUGGAAGCCAAGAAGAGUUUCAUUCAUGGUGCGGCGGCGGUCGGGAGCAAGUUGAUCGAGACCGGCGCCAAGGUGGCCGCUGCGAAGGUCAAUGCUGUGCACUCCUUGGCUGAGCUGGUGCAUAGGAAGAAGGAAGAACUGUUGCAUAAGCCUCCUCCGCCGCCGGUGGAAGAGAGGAUCGUUUACGCUCCAUACUUCGUGCGAGCGCCGCCCGCGCCGGUACUGUACCACUUCCAGCCAGCCCCGGCCCUCCCGCCGACGGAACCUUGUGUCAUUUUGGACGAGCCUAGGUACGUUCACGGUCCUCUGCUGGAGAACUCCAUUAUCUACCAGAAAAAGUGA